UCUAUUUCUUUUUAAAUUAAAUCAAGAAUGAUCCAAAGACGAAUAGUUUCACAAGAUGAAAUGUUGUUACAGCAACAACUGAAUGGAAAAAAAAUGCACCGUCAAUUUUGUUCAUUACUUUUUCAAUAUGCUGAUGUCAGCUUUAAUGAUUUUGAAUUGUCUCCCAAUAGCAGAGUUAACUGGAUUGAUCUUGAGAACAUUGAGAGUAGAUUCUUACUUUCGUCAUAUGGUGAUGGAAGUAUCAUGAUAUUUGAUCUCUUUAAACCCUUCGAUAGCCAUAUUUACAAAAAUCUUGCUAAGAUUGAUAGAACAGUUUUUGGUAGUCACAAAAUGUCUGUAGAUUGUGUACAAUGGUAUCCUCAAGACACAGGAAUGUUUGUUAGUUGUGGAGCAGAUCAAACAGUUCGAAUUUGGGACACCAAUGAAGUACAGGUAGCUUACAAAUUCGAAUUUCAACAUAAAACAUAUAACUUUGACAUUUCACCAAGUCAUGCUUUAAUAUCUGUGACAUCUAAGGAUUCCAAUCUUUAUUUAUGUGAUUUAAAAAGUGGAUCAAAAACUCACACAUUAAAAGGCCAUCAAAGUAGUUCUUUGUUAACUAAAUGGUCACCUCGAAAUCAAAAUGUUUUAGUAUCAACAAGGUGUGUUUUAGGGGAAGUAUAUUUGUGGGAUAUUCGAAAAGCUAAUUCCUUGCUUAUGAAAUUUUCAAAUGGCAUUAAAGAUGCACAUAAUGGAGCUGUGAAUGGUCUGUGCUUUGCACAAGGUGGUCUUUAUCUUAUAACUCUUUCGACAGAUAAAACUGUUGGUUUAUGGGAUUUUUCAAAUGGAACAUUAGCUAAAACAAGAUAUGAAAAUGUUGCUAAUGAUUUAUGCCAACCAGUACGACUUUCUGUAACCAACUGUUUACAAAAAGAUGUUGUCUUUGUUCCUUCUCAAGAAACUAUUAAGAUUUUUGAAAUACAGAGUGGAAAAUGUACAAAAACUUUGUCUGCUCAUUUGAUGAAAACAACUUCUUGUGAUUUCAACGACAAUUCAAUGAUACUCUAUAGUGGGUCUGCAGAUACUAAAAUUUUGGAAUGGUCAUACCAGAAAACCACGCAAACUACGCAAACCCACUGGGAAGAAUAAUGAAAUUAUUCUGAAAAAACCAAGUCUGUCUCGUCAUAAUUUAUAUUAGGAUCACUAAACGAAAGCUUAGUAAUGCAGUACGUACCAACAGUGUGGUGAAUUAUCGAUUAUAUAUCGAUGAAUAUCGAUAUAUAAUCGAUUAUAUCGAUUAUCGAUGUUUAACGAUAAAAGACAAGGAACUGUUAAGUGUUUAUAGCAUUUGAUUAAUUGACGUUUUUCAGUAUAAAAAUAACUUUUAUAGUGUUAGCUCCCCAAUCUACACUCAAGUUUCCGAUAUUAUAUAUAAUUAACAGAAGAAACAUGUACGAAACACUGCAUUAAAACAGAAGAAGCAUGUACAAAAUGUGUACUUUACAACAGAAGAAAUACGUCAAUAACGUGCACUUUACUACGCAUUUGCAACAGCAAUUACUUUACAAUAUGCACAUGUUGGACUUUAACAUCUUUUUAAAAAAUUGAUAAAAAGAAUAAAAGAACUACAUUUAUUGGAAUUUUAAAAAAGUAUGUUUAUAUCAGUUGGCGUUGAGAUCAUAAAACUUAACAAACGACAGAAUCAUACCAUAAAACUAAAACAUUUUGAUUUUCUUACGGUAAACCGAUACCACCGGUAAACACGAUAACACGAUACAUGUUAUAGUAAAGUCAAAGGUUUUAAAUUCAGAUGUUACGUGCACACACAAAAUAAAAUAAAUCGAAAUCAGGCUUUUUUUUUUUUUUUUUUUGGUACUAUUUAAAAAAAGUAAAAGCAUUCCUAGAGUAACCGAGAAUAAUAACCGAGAACUAGAAAAACCGAGAAUAACCGAGUAACCGAGCUAAGAAUAUUCAAGGUCAUUCAAAAAAUGUAGCAUAUCAUCGACAAAGUUUUUUUUAGCGAUUUUAACGGCUGUUGUUAGUCUUAGCGGUAGACCUGAGUUAAAAUGUUGAACUAAAAAGGUAGUGUAGCUUCUGUUUUGUAAUUUUAGAAACCGAAAUACAACCAUUAGAUUAAGUAGGAAAACGGUACCACAUUGCUCAUUCGGCCAAAGUUUAUGGCCUCAUCGUAUUUAUAUUUUUUUAUCAUCUAAUUUGUUAUGUUCUAAAUUUAAAAUGUUAAAAUAUAUUUGAUAAUAGGUCAAAAUUGUAUUAUAAAAAAAUGAAUGUUUUUAUUUUAUUUAUUUUAUUUUUUUACAUUUAUCUUAAGAGGAGGGAACUUAAAGACAAAAGACUAUUUAUAGAAUAAAGGCGUUUUCUUGAGCAUAAAAACAUAA